ACCAGAGGACUCUGUACUUCAAAGGCCAAAGCUCUGCUGCUGCAAAGCUUUUUGAGAACAAGUAUCUUCUGUGAGAGCUGCUCGAAAAACUUCAACAUCUACCACAGGACUUGCCCUGCUUUAAGGAAAUGGAUGCCAAAAUUGCAAGGACCACUCAAGAUCUGACCACUGCAGCUGACAUGCGGAACACCACCCAGAUGCUGAUGCAGCCCAAUGCAAACUGGGAGGAGUAUCUGGCUCCUGGUCCUAUCUCUAUUGCAAUCAUGGGGGAGUUAGUCUUCCUCUCCUCAAACUCUGACUUCUCCAUCAAUAAGAAUGUCCCAAAAGAUGGAUUCAAGUACAUAAAGUACCCAGAGUCCUUCAGAGCCUGUCUAAUGCAAAUCUGUAACACAGGCUGGCAAGCAUUCAACAUAGCUCACAAGAACAUGGAUCAAAUCCGCAUACAUACAGCAAAUGUUCCAGAGUACAUGAAGGCAGCAGUUAAGAUUCUGUUUCAAGAUAACGAUGAAAUUGUUGAAAAUCUUCUCCCAAACAUGCUGGAAAACAUUCGUACCAUUGCAGACCAAUGUGUGAUACUAGCAGACAGUGUUGAAAAGCGGUAUGCUGAUGUCAUUAAUUUGGUCCAGGAGCUGCUGGAAGCCAGCAUCAAUGCUGAAUACUUUUAUGGAGAAGAGCUGGAAAAAGUCAAGAUGAAAAUUCAGGAAAACAAACUGAAGGAAAAGACUGCAAAGGAGAUCACAGACAGAUCCAAGGAAACAUUUGCGAGCAUGACAAAGCAGAUGGAAGAAGUACAAAACCAGUACAAAAAUGCAAUGGAUUCCCUCCCAUCAGGAUGGGAGAUAAUUGGUAUGGAUGUAGUUGAGGGACUUGGACAGAUUGUAACAGUAUUAGGAAAUGCAUGUGCUUCAAUGAGUUCUUCGAACACUGGAAGUUCAGGGAAGAAGACAGACCCCAAACAAAAAGAUGAGAACGAAGACAUGGUGUCACAAAUCGCUGUCUACAGUAGAUCUGAACAGAUACUUAAACUCACAUCCAUUUUUGCACAGUUCAUCAAUGACCACGGCAUAAACUGGAAAGAGCUCUAUGACCAGAAAAACAAGUCUGUAAAGACUAAAUGGAAUGAGGAUCAAUUUAAGAGAAUCUCUCAGGAGUUGGAGAAGAUAGCAAAGAGCAAGGUAAAAGAAGAUGCUAUAACCCUCUGCAACCGGGCCAUAGCGAUCUGUGGAGAACUGGCAAAGUAUGCAGCCGACCAAAAAUGCGAUGAGAAGACGACAAAUGAAAUAGUUCAGAAAACAAAGACGCUGCAUGAAGACGCCAUGAAAUUUGACUGUGAGAGUAAAAAAAUAUGUGGUUCUCCAGCUCUGACCCCAAAACCUCCAAUGCAAUUUAAAGCGGAGGAGAAUUCCGGACGGAAGUCUGCCAGCCAGGUUGCAACAGAGAAUGCUCGUUUCCGCAUCGAACAGAGCCGAGAACAACUGAAGCAAACACGAGAGUCAUAUGAGAAGGCUGUGCAGAAUAUGGAGAAAAACCAGAAGGAGCUGAAUGAGAUCCUGAUUGACAUGCAGAACUGCAAAGUGAAAGAGAUCGACUUUGACACCACAAUCAAAAUGUUGGUCAAAGGUAUGGAUGCAAUGGGCCGAGUUAAAGAGCAAUGGGAGAAGAUGGUGCGCUUUUUCCAGAUGGUGGCCAACAUUGUGAAUACCAGCCUUAAAACCACACUUCACAAUUUUGUGAAGACAUCAGAAGAUACAAAGAAACUGUCCUAUAGCUCCAAGCUAUUUGCCAAAGACAUCCUGUACAACCAGGCCUUUCAAGCCUCCAACAUCUCCAGCCUGGUUCACAUGAUCUCAGGGUCCUACUGUGAAGUGUCAAGCAAAUAUCUGAUGGACAGAAUGAGUAGUCUGGGUAGACUUAUGGUCAUGGAUAAGGAGAAACCAGAGUUUAUGCAGGAGCGGCUAAAACUGCAGCAGUCCUGCAAAGAAGCCCAAGAGGGAAUUUUGCAGUUGGUUCUGAAGAACAAGGCAGACUUUGAGAAGAAGACAGAUGACAGGAUUGCACAAAUUGAAAAAGGGUUAAAGGCCAUUCUGCCCUCUGCUCCAAGACAGGAAACUGAAAGAAUCAAAGAAAUAGUUCAGGGCAGUUUUAGGAAGGAUGAGGAAAACUACUAUUAAAUAUAUAUUUUUUCUAAUUUCUCAUUAAGGUUUAGGGUUUCUGAAAUGGUAAAACUGUAGACAUACAUGGAUGUUUCCAGCAGACAUUUCAGUUGUAAUCAAGCAAGUCACUCAUUUCUAUGCAUUUAAUAAAGCUUUAACUUUUAAUGUUUCUUAGUGUUCUUUGCUUAUUAAUCACUGAUGUGUCUUUGUAUGUGGUUGAGUAAAACAGCGUCUACAUCCAAAACUU